AACUAUGCAUACUGUUGUUAUUAUAACUGUUAAAGUCUUUGGUGUUCUUUCAAAGUCGAGUUUUUUUAUUCCAAUUUUUAGUUGAAAAAUUUUGUUCAUUUCUUUAAAAAAAAAUGUGGAAAUUAAGCCAUGAAAAUUAUAUUCUAGGAAAUAAAAUUAUUUUGAAAUAUCUUAGCACCCUAAAAUCUGUAGGAAUACUAUUUUUCCGAAUUGUUACUCCAAGUAAUUCGAAGACUUAAGCUUUAUUUUAAACUUUAUUGAAUCCCAAAGCUUAUUAAAGAGCUUUUAGGUUCAAAAUUUUGAGCUCUGACAGGAUCUUAAAUGUUUUGAGGCUAAGUCAAGAUUAUUUUUUUAAUUUUUUUGCAACUGAAGUAUUCUAAAGCUUUUAAGCUCACAAGUGUCAGCAUUAACAGGAUUUUAAAAGUUUUGAGGCUUAGUCAAGAUUGUGUUUCAAAGUUUAUUGCAACUAAAGCAUUCACAAGCUUUUCAAAGAGCUUUUAAGUUCAAAUGUUUCAGCUUUUAAUAGGAAUUUAAAUGUUUUGAGGUUAAGUAAGGUUAUGAAUUUGUAGAAUUUCCAACAAUUUGAUGUUUUUUCUUCUAACAAAGGGAUAUUAGUAAUUAUAGAUUAGAACUAUGAUAUUGGAUCUAGAUAAAAUUUCUUCGAAAGCUCAUACUAUUUAAGAGUUGGUUCACUACUUUCUCUGAUCAGAAUGUUAGCUAUAGUAAUGUAAUUAAACCGCAUAGUUCCUCCAUCAGGCUAAAAAGAGCCGAGUUCAAAGCUCCAAAAUAUCUAGUAUUAUAUUACUAUUGUAAUAAUACUAGUGGGGCAUUAUUUCUCUAGCAAUCAGAUCAGUUAACUCCACUGAAGAGUGAGAUCUACUAUUGUAAAGCUUCUAAGUUUUAUAGAAAAUAUGUUCAAAUGUUCAAAAAAUAUCCAAAUUUGUUUCCGGUGAUUGCAAGACUAGACUUCAAAUAUGGCUAUCUUGGAUAUGUCUAGACUCUUUAAAACUUGUUGAAGUUCUUUCAUAUGAAAGUUAAAAUAUCCAAGAGAUCAUUCGGCAUCGUGGUAAACAGUACCAUAUGAAUGAUAUUAGCCCUAUAUGUUGGGCUUUAAUCCCAAAAGCUUUGCAAGUCACGUGACGAGAAACCCUACUUUCUCUCAUCUGGCAGAGAGACCAUAUUUCACCAGUUUACGAUGUCUAAGUGUCUUAAUAUUAGGAUAUUAGGAUAUUGUUAGACUGUUAUUAGGAAUCACUAAAAGUCUGGACUCUCGACUAAAUAUAUUUUUCACUUCCCUGAACUAGUUUGAAUUAUAAAUAUAUUUUAUAUUUAAAUGGAAUUUCUCAACAUUUAAAUAUUAUGUACGCGCUUUUUUGAUCAUUAGACGAAUUCCUCGAAUUAUUCUCUGUAUUGCAUGCCGAUUGUCGUAUUAUUUACUACAUUUGUCACGAAGCUUCUACUAUUAAUACAUUCAUUUAUGUGCAUAACCUUCAAGUGCAAUGCGCCAUAGAGGAAGUGUAAUUAAACUUUCUACGUCGCUUAAUUAAAAAAUGCUAUCUCAUAAGCCGACUACGGCACUACGGCUUGAUACAAAUGCGCAAAACGGCUCGACUCGGCUUGCUGCCGGGCUGGCUUAGAAUUGAAAAUCGACAAGAAUCGAAAACAGCCAACAUUUCUGCAUUUCACAGCCCGUGCAUUGUGAGACUUAUGGCAUACAACGCCGAGCGCCGAGCCUCAAAUAUCGAAUGCUUUUGUUGUUACUAUUGUUGUACAAUUGUAAUCACUCUUCGUGUACCCCAACAAUGCCGGCAGUUAGUCCAUUGAAAUGCUGUCACUGAUGGGGCUGCUGCUGGCGCUGUUAUGUUGACUUGUCUACGAACGCGCUGUUGCUCGUUGUUUCGUUUCGUUUCUCUGCUCUCUUCGGCUGACUGCUGCACACACGCUCCGCUGAUGGAUUACUACCGAUAUGUUGCUCUUUAUGUUUUACUUUUGCUUCGUUUUUUUGUUUGGUUUUUGCAUUUUGUCAUUCCUAUUUUGUAGCACUCGUGUGUGUGUCAGCUUUUGGGGGUUCCGCUGUUGCUGCUGCCGUCUCUACUGACUGUUGCUCUUGCUCUUGCCGCCCAGCCGGCGGUCACACCACACACCAUCGCAUACCACUCUUUGCUCUAUACACUCCGUGAGUUUGUGUUGCUCUGCUUUUGUUUAUAUCUCUGCGCUUGGCGCUUGGCGCUUGUGGCCUGCUUCGUCGACGAAUUCUGUGUUUUCUGCGUUGCUGGUGCGCUCGGCUUUUGGUGCGGCGAAUAUGGACAACAGCAGCCCGUGGCACUUCGGAGCGUUGAGCGGUGAGUGGUGCUGUUGGACACACGUACUCAGGCUGCCUCAAUGUGUGUAUGUGUGGAUUAGCUGAUGGUUGACGCUGUUGUUGCUGGCACGGCACUGCUUGCCGUUGCUCUUGGUUCGUCGCUGGUUUGUUGGUUUGACUUUUGCUUUAAUUUUCUGUGUUGUUUCUGUGCUGCUGCUACUACUAAUACAACUACAAUCACAAGAGCGACGUCGUUCGACUACUGGUGCUGUUGCUGCUGCUGCUGCCGCCUGAGUGCUUGGGUUGGGUUGACUUGACUUGGCUUGGCUGGUGUUGUUGGCUUGUCGUCUGGUCGUUCUGCUGUCGGCGCAGACGGUCUGGUCUGCUCUGGUCUCUGGUGUAGUCUGCUCUGCAGUUGCGUUCGCGUUUCGAAAAUAGUUACAAGAUGUUCAUCGAAGUGAAUAGAACGUCUGAACGGGUGGUGGACUAACUAACUAACCAGCAAUCAGCCAGCCAGCCAGCUAGCCAGCGAAGUAAGCAAGCAAACAGUAAGCUGUUGAGACCGCGAGCAACGUCGCGCGCUGCCUUACAAUUGAAGUGUAGUGAAGUGAAAAACUCUCGGCUGUUGCUUAUUUUCUUUUUUUUGUUUGCUGUUUUUCAUUCUUACUUUUACUAGUCGGUUCUGUGUUGAACCAAGUGUCUGCGCCUCUCUGUAAGUGUGCGUGCGUACGUGUGUGUGCCCGAGUGGUGUGGUGUGGUGUGUUGAGUGGGAUCUGCAUUUCAGCGUCACAGUGUCGUCUAUACUGUGCUGUCUGCUGGCCACUCAUUUCAGUUCGGCAGCAACAUCCGCAGCAGCCGAACCAACCAACGCAUUUCAAAGUCGUCUCUUCAAUUCAACCCCCAACGCAAACGCAGAUGGUACGCUAAAAUUUUUGUAAAAAUUCUUGUGUGUUCGAAACGCGCGUGGACGCCCCCAAUGAGCUCAUUAAGAAUAUUUUAGAAAACUGAUAUAAAAAAAAUUGUUGAAAAAUUAAAAAUUUAUAAAAAAUCAAAAAAUUUUAAUAAAUUUAUUAUAAAAUUAACAAAAAAAAUUUAACAACAAAAAUUUUUAUCUACAAAUGCUUGCUAAAAAUGUGCAAUAACAACAAGUGAAAUGGAAAAACAACAAAAGUUAGUGUAGAACUCUUAUUUACUUUCUUCUAACAUUGCGGCGCAUAGUUGUGUGAAAGCAGUGUACAAAAAUAAAAAAUAAAAAAACGCGAAACAAACAGAAUAAAUAAAAUUAAAAAACGAAAUAGAAAAAACAAAUGCAAAUAGUAUUACUUAAAAUGAAACAUCAAAAACGGAUUUAAAGCCAAUUAUAAACUAAAACAAGCACAAGAAAAACCACAGAGCAGCGGAAGUCAAGUGAACUAAAGCAAAAAAAUGAAAUGAAAUGAUAUGAAAAAGUAUUCAAAAGUGAAACAAAAACAACAAAAAAUUAUAUUUAAAAUGAAAUAUGCAAAAAAACUGUAAAUGAAAGAACAUUAAAAUGCUGAAAACGUCUACAUUCAUGCAAACUAAAUGAACAAAAAAGUAACUGUGAAAGUGUGGCACUCAACACUAGUUCAAAAUUGCAAGAACUACUAAAUGUGUUACAAAAAACAAAUGCAAUAACAGCAAAUUGCUAAAAAAGUUAAAUGAAAAUUUGAUAUGUUAAAGCAACAACUAUAACUAUUUUUUAGUGAAAACAUUUAAUGAAACUAUAAAAAUUCAUACAAAAUAUUGGAAAAAAUUGAAUUGUUUUUUUUUUUCCAAACAAAAUAAAAUUAUAGUUUAUUUAUUCAAUAAACUCAAAAUAAACUGAUCGAAGUGCCAAAAGUGUGUGUGUGUGGUGAAAAAACAAAAACAACAAGCAUUAACAAUUCCAUUGCAAAUAUUUUCGGAAUUCCGUUUUUAUAUAUACAAAAUACAUAUGUAUAUAUACAUUCAAGUACAUAUUGAAAAUAUUACUUUAUUAUAACUGCAUUUACUAUAUAUAUAUAUAUAUAUAUAUACAUACAAACAUAAUUUUUGUGGAUAUAACCAUUUAAAUAACGGAUACUGUGUAUUUUGAGAAAGUUUGAUCGACAACAUUGUUAUAUACAUACCUACAUAUAUAUUUUAUAUACAAACGGCCACUUUUAUGAGGUGAAGAUUCAAUCUAUUCAACUUUAAAAUAAGAUUAUACAAAUUUUGCAUUCUAUCAAACUACCUAUACGAACAUGCUAAUUCAACAGGCAACUUUAUAAUGCAAGCUAGUCUGCCUUUAAACAAGCGCCAAUAGUGUGUUGCAAAGCAACAACGGAAGCUACACAUAUCCCGCCCAAGGAUCAACCUAGCACUAGAAAAUCAAGUUAUGGAACUACCCUCGAUGGUGCAACGCUCCGGCGACACGCUUAUAGUGCGUAGUGUCGUCAGUGGCAAUCAAUUGUACUUGGAUCAGGGUGCCGCUUCCACAAAUAAUAAUCAAAACAACAAACAUAGUAGUCCUUCACCACUGCAGCAGCAACAACAGCAACAGUCGAUUAGUGCCGCUAAUUUAUCAAAUAGUACGUUGGAACAAUUCGAACGUUAUCGUGCUGCAGCGGCACAAUAUCACCUACAACAGCAACAACUCCAGAAUGCCACACAACAGCAACAAAAUGCGGUGGCUGCUGCUUCAGCGGUGGCCCAACAACAGGCGAUGGAACUGAAGGAUGAGGGUCUGCCACAAUGUAAAAUCAAGCGAAAUUACAGCUGUAGUUACUGCACAUAUUUCACACAGAAUCCGCGUUAUCACCUGACGCAUUUGCGUGAUGUGCAUGGUGAAAAAAUCGUAAUUAAUAAGUGCAAGUUGUGUUUGUAUGCAUCGCGACAUUUCCAAAAGUUGGUGCGACACAUGAAAAUGGUGCACGGCUGCACCGAUGGUGUGACCGGCGGGCAUGGACAACCGCGUGGCAAGCGCGGUAUGAGUCGUGAGGCACGCAAGCGAAAACUAGAGCAAAGCGUGGGGCUGGGAAGUGCUCCUAUGGAAAUCAACAGCGGUAGUAAUAUGGGAAUGAGUGAAGGCAUGCCGACUUAUGAGCAGGUCAAACGCGAAUUGGCCGUUGUCUAUGAACGUGAAUUGCAAGCACAACGUGAGCGUGAGCUUGAAGUCCGACAACAAGCACGAAACGCCUACGAACAAGAAAUGCAAGCAGCUUCCGCAGCUGCAACUACGGAGGCACAACGCCGUCAGUCGCCAAUAAAUUCAAUAAACAAUAACAACAACAAUGCUAAUGUUAUUACAAAUGGCAGCAGCAAUAGCGUCAUGAACAGCCAAAAUGAUUUUCAAUUGCCACCCGCGCAUCAGCAACCGAUUAAUAUCAAUACACACAGCAUUGAGCUCUCCUCAUCUCCCACCGAUUCGGUUUCAUCGGGACAAGGUACUGAUGCUGCUACUUCAGCAGCCUUGCACUCGGGUGGCGUUUCAUUGUCAUAUGUUGGUGAUGAACCCUCGCAGAAUAGGCUCUUGAAAUGCAGUCUCUGCGACUUCACAACAUUAUUCCGCGCCCAAUUGUUGGACCACGAAAUGGAUGAGCAUUGUAAAACGAAAUUCUUCCGCUGUGAAAAGUGUUCGUAUGUCACACAUAUAAAAGCGCGUUUUAGCAAACAUGUUAAAUAUCACUCCAUGCCUAUGAUUAAGUGCGUCACUUGCGAUUUUCGCACACCAUAUAAAUGGAAUCUCGAUCGUCAUAUGAAAAAUCAUGGUGGUGCUGGUCCAUUCAAGUGUGCCGCCUGUGAUUUCACCGCUGAUAUAAAGCAAUCCCUGACCGUUCACGAAAUGAACCACCAUGUGCCGCCGGUGGGACAUGCAGCGGGCAUGUCGCUGGCACGACGACGCAACAAAGUCGGCGGUACAGAUUUAUGCGAUGACUUCCUAAGCGAUUCGGUAGAUUUAAUAGAAGAUCAUUAUAAUAAUAAUAAUAUUGAUGAAUACGAAGAAGCUUUAAUGACUGUGGAACCGUACAGCAAGCGUAGUAAAUAUGAUGAUGAUGAACCCACCGACUUGUCGGCGAAAGGAGGCUCCUCCGACACAUCUUCCGUGCAUAAUCAAAGUGUGAGUUUAGCACAGACGCCAAAGGCGAAGAGACCUAUACCGAAUCUCAUUCCGAUACCGAAAAAUACCGGAUCAAGCAUUAUUAACCUUUCGAAAGAGUUUGCCACACCGCGUAGCUCUCUUACGGAUAUCGCAUCCAUGUUUCUCAAUGACAAACACAUUUCCGAAAUUUUUGAGAAGACGGAUGCAGCCCAAUUGUCACCCACCCCCACCGUCGCGUCCACAUCAAGUCACGCUUCACGUAGUUUAUUACAAAAGAAGCCCAUACCUGGUGGCAGCUUUUUCGACAAAUUAAAGUCCUCUGCAUUGACAGGGCCAAAUGAAAAUCUUAUCUGCCCUUGCGGCCACAUGGCAAAAUGCUUGUCUGAAUCGAUAAUACAUCGCAAGACUUGCAAUUUCGCCGCUAUCGCCGAAGAUGACAUCGAAGAAGAGCAAGAUGAUGCAGAUGAUCGUCUGGAAAUAGAUUUUAACGAUGACGACGAUCGCCAGUCACAUUCGGCACUGAAUUUGAGUGUUACCGGAUCGACACGUUGUCAGCAUUGUCGCCACCGUUGCAAAUCGUCAGUAGAUCUUUUGAAUCAUCUUAAACAAUGCACCGAAGCAAGCCGUUGUGGCAAUGAUUCAUUUGAUUCACUCUCUGGUGAGAGCAACGGUGGACGUGCUGGUUGCGCUGACUCCAUUGCAGAUCAGCAUCCUAUGGAGAAUCGUGUAUUUAUUUGGAAUAAAAUUCCGGGCGGUGAGCCUGGACAACGUGAAGGCAGUCAAUGCUCAGAUUCACGCGGGCAAGCAAACAAUACAAUGGAGUCUUCGGGCAGCAGCGGGCAUGGCGCCAGUAGUGCUACUUGUGAGGAGAACAGUUAUUAUGGUGUUGAAACAGCGCCAGGUUAUGGCGAGGUAACGAAAAAGAUGACACCAGAGGAGGAAGCAGCUAAUUCAUCAUUGAAAAAGGUUUACAAAUGUCCACAUUGUUCCUUUUGGGCUUCCACAGCAUCGCGUUUUCACGUACACAUUGUUGGUCAUUUGAAUAAGAAACCGUUUGAAUGCUCACUCUGCUCGUAUCGUUCCAAUUGGCGUUGGGAUAUAACGAAGCACAUACGCCUAAAGACCAUCCGCGAUCCGAGCCACAAGAAUGCACGUGUCUUGAUGAAUGACGAGACCGGUCGUCGAAACUAUACCAAAUACAAUAAAUAUAUAACAUUGAUGAAAGUCACCGAAGAAGACGGUGAUCCGAAAUUGAUGAAAUCUGGCGAGAUGACACCCAAUCAGGUCGCUUCACUUUCCUUCAUCAAUGACUUUAACAAAGGUGUGGUGUCCAAUGCAUUGACAUCAACGCACUUGAAUGGCAUAAAGGAGGACAUAACCCUCGAACCAAUACCAUCCAAGUCAAGCAAUGGCGGUGGCGGUAAUAACGGUAGUGAUCAGUUAAACGAUAGUUUUAUACAUAUACCUUUACUGGCUACGAUGAUGAAUGUUGCAAUGACACAACAACAGCAUCAGCAACAGAAGGAUGCGGAUCAAGGUCAAACAACCAUGAUAACACCUUCAGUCACCAUUUCUGCAGUGAAACGCUCGCCACCGCCACUAAUGAAACCAAGCGAUGAUCUCGUUACGGACGUGCGACAGGAGGGGAAUGAGAAGAAAACAUUCUAUCGUUGUCGUAAAUGCAGUUUUCGUCAUACCAAUCGCGACGCGGUACUCGCCCACGUCAAAAUACAUUAUCAGGAUGCCAAUUAUCCGAUUGUAACAGCAACAGCAACUACUUCACCAAAAUUGCUGAAUUCGCAACAACAACAACCCAACACACCACUUCAAGUGGCUGUGAAUCAAAAUAUUUACAUGAACAAAGUUCUCGCCGCAAUGUGCCUUUCCCAGCAACAACAACAACAACAGCCCAAUUCGAGUACACCAAACAAUAACAACAAUAAUGAUCAACAGCAUUCCAUAAUAUCAACCGGUCUGCUACAGCAGGCUAUACAGGGUGCCUCACCAAAUUCACCACUCGGCUGUUUGGCAUUAUCGCUCGCCGGCAAGAGUCCAGCAAAAGCAACUGCUUCUAUUUUAGAGCACGGUGAGCAGAAAGCGACACAAAAUGAGGCAAGUGCCCAAAGGCCAACGUCGCCCAAACAACACAACAACAACAAUCCAAAUAAUAUAAGCAUAGCAAAUUUUGCGACGUCAUCGUCGACAACCGCUUCUCCCAACUCCUCGGGCGGCAGUAAUGCGAUUGGUGGUGUUGGUAUGGUCGGCAGUACGUCCACAUCAGCAUCAUCGUUGCAACACUUGUUGACCUCACCGCGUGGCACUUACACAACAUCAUCAUCAAAUUCAUCAUUACGCAAUCCAGUGCAUUCGCCUACAAUCGGCAACAGUAUCAACAACAGCAAUGGUGGUAGUGGUCAUACUAAUAACAAUAAUAACAAUAAAAAUUUGGUUAUGGGUGCUUUAACAGUUCUGAAACACAACAUCGCAACAACGCCUUCACGGCACUCAAACGACGGUGUCUUUGGUUCACCCACAAGCGCCGUUUCAACAGCAGCAGCAGCAGCCGCAACAGCAACAGAUGUAAAUGCUACAUCAUCAUCAUCAUCAUUACUACUAGCGUCACCAAAUGGUGCUGGUAGUGCAGCACAACACAAUACACCCAGUGGCACAACAGUAACUACACUUUCAACUACUCCUUCCAAUUGUAAUGCAUUCAACGGAGUUAAAAGCGCUAACAAUCCAUAUCAUAUGCAAAUGGGUGGUCUCAUCGGUGCUUCUUCAUCUAUGUCCAACAAUCAUAAUGUUGUUGGUAGUGGUGGUAGUGUUGGUGGUGGUGGUGGUAACGGUGUCGGUGUCAUUGGUAGUCAAAUGACUCAUAGUGAUAAUAAGAAUAGUCUAUGUAUUGGUGGUAUUAUGUUUGGUUCUAAUAAUUCUACUACUACUACUACUUCUACUACUAGUUUAAUUCGCAAUACUUCCAUACCUACUACUACAACAUCAUCAUCAGCAAUAGCAACAAUAGCUAGCAGUCCUACAACUGCUGGCCAUAGUGGUGGUGCAUCAUCAUCUUCAUGUAAUUUGUUAUUAAAUUCGGCUCAGUCGGCAACAGCGGCGGCGGCGGCGGCAGCAGCAGCGGCAGCAGCUCUUUAUGCUUCCAAUGCGAUCACAUUGUCACCGCCAUCGGCAUCGUCGUCGUCGUGCAUUUCGGCAAAUGCAACAACAGCAAACAAUUUCAAUAAUCUCACACAAAAUCUCAAUCAAAGUCCAAAUAACAAUUGUAGUAAUUUAUUAGUAAACGACAGCGAGCGACGUGAACCGUCGCCGUAUCGUUGCGGUCAUUGUCAUCAAGUAUCGAAUUGGAAGCAUGUCAUUCAGCGGCAUUGUCGCUUGAAACACGCUGGCGACAUACGCAUCGAAACCCUUGAUCGCACCGUCAAUAGCAAUGAACGCAAUGCGCCGCCCGUCUAUCGACCGCUCGGCAGUGGCGCCACCAAUGAGUCUAAUUAUGGGCAAACACUUAAAGCUUUACAACAACAACAGCAACAGCAUAUGCAGCAGCAACAACAACAACACCAACAGCAAUCCACACAUCUGCACAACAUGUCGGGUCCGCCAAGCAACAGUGUACUUAUGAGCAACAACAAAAACGAGCAACAUCUGUUGCAUUCACCACUCGCCGGCACUGCAGCCGCCAAUGCGGCGACUACACCGCAAGAGCUGCAACAAGCUGCCGCCGCUUAUAUCGCAGCCACCUAUAAGGCUGCAGCAGCAGCGGCAAAUUCAGCUGGCAAUAGUUCGGCGGCAGCCGCCGUCGCCGCAGCAGCUGCGCUUGGACUUAGCAGCGAGGAUUUGUUGUUGCAUCAACAAUUGCAGCAAAAUGAUCAAAUUGAAAUAACGCGCUUACCGCAAGGUGUCGGCAGCGCAGCUGCCGGCCAGUCGCAGUCGUCAGUACAACAGCCGCAGCCACAACAACAACAAUUGAAUUCGAAAUGCAAGCAGCAAAAGUGCCCAAUGUGCCCGUACAUCUCGGAGAGCAAAUCGCAAAUGAAUUAUCACAUCUCGUUGCAUAAGCCGACGCAGUACGAGUGCAAAUUGUGCACCUUCGUGUGCGCGAAGAAGCAGCAUUUGAGCAGUCACAUGCGUACCGUGCAUCAGCAACACAAUUUGGGUGCGUCCAACCAAAUGAGCAGCAGCAUAAACGCCGCCAUCAAUUCCAUGGACUUCAGCAUGGCGCUGCAAUUAGCUGCCGUUGCGCAGGCGCAACAGGAUCCUUCAUCAUUAAACUCGCCACUAGCUAUAGAUCUGACAGCUUUAAAGCAGAAAUUUUCUGUGUUUCAUCAGGAACACCAACAACAACAGCAACGCCAAUCACAGCAAGCAGCUGCCCAACACACGCAACAACAACUACAACACGCCCACCUACAUGCGCCAACUUCCGUUGAGAAUCGAAUAAAGUGCAUACUUUACUGCCCCAAAUGUCCCGCGCGUUACAUAGAAAAAUACGCUGAAACCUCGAGUGCCAAAUCGGAAUUGGAGGAUCACCUGAAAUACCACAGUGGCAGCGAUGCGCUGAGUCGCAUGGCCAACAGCAAGCCAACUACAGCACCCGCCUUCAAAUGUGAAUUCUGCGAUUAUGCCGGCGCACACGAAGUCUACAUACAGAAGCACCGUUAUGUGCACACACAAAGCUAUCAGGACAAAUGUGCCGAACUGUAUAAGCACGUACACGAGGAUGCCGAAUAUGCGCCGCCCAAACUUAUGCAAAUCACCUUGGCCAAGAGCCUGCAACAGGCGCCCGAAACCAUUUGGAUCGUCGACAAUGACCUCAAUGAGCAGUGCAAAGAGCAGCAUCAGCAACAACAACACGCCAGCAUAUCAUCCUCUUCUGUGACGCCCGGAAUAGCGUCCGCAACAAUGGCAGCUACAGCACACUUCGAUACCGCUAAUUCGCUGUUGAAAAAACAGUUGGAGUCCGGUAUGGGUGGUAGCAGCGCUGGUGGUGCAGGUAGUAGCGCUGCAAUGGGCCACUCGCCUCCACCGACACCUAUGCCCAAAGAGCUGCCCAACGCCGAUGCGGAUGAUUCAUCGAAUAUGCCAUCGACGAGCGCUUCAGUGGCCACCAGCGAUUUAGCAGUGGAUGGCGGCAGUGAUUUCACCUCGAGCAUCGCCUCGCCGGCGGCAAUGGAGAAAUGUCUCUACUGUCCCUACGAGACGAAGCAUACCACAUUCUACAAAGCGCACUUACAGCAUCACAUAUGCAUUAGCCAGCAGAAGGAGGCUUACACCUGCGAACAUUGCGAUUAUACGGAUGCCAAGCAGGAGCACAUCGAAGAGCACACACGUGUGCACUUCAAUGCGGUGGAGAAACUGAAAUCGGUAGCCUUCUUCACCUCAUACGACAAUUUGGAAUUGAGUGUGGAGCAGGAGCAGGGUGGUGGCGGCGCAGAUGAUGAGGCAACAGCGGCAACAUCAGAGGAGUUGAUGGAGGAGCGCGAACAGCAAGCAGAAGACCCGAGCGAACCACAGGAGUCCAUGCAAAAUGAAGUGCUCUUAAAUAUCAAACAAGAGCACAACAACAACAAUGAGGAGCAUGUCAUCAAUGAAAAUGUGCUAAAGGAGCAACAACUGACGGCGGUGAAAGGUAGCAGCAGCGGUGGUUUGAAAAUAAAAGUCGACAGCGAUGACAGAUCUGCAGAGAAAACGCCAACUGCUGCAACAACAACAACAGCAGCAGCAACGGACAACAUGAAAAAACCUUGCAACAAAAUUAUACUCUACAAAAAUGAUGGUUGCUUGAGCAUAAAGCGCGAAGGUGCCAACUCUACCAUUAACGGCAGCAACAACAAUAACAAUUCAAAUGCUAAUUGUGAAAAUAUUAGUGAUCGCCUGCGUCGUCGCAUAUCGCGUAAUAACAGCAGCAAUGCCACACAUUUAAAUGGCAAUGCGAACAAUAAUAACAACAACAACAACAACAAUAUAAGUGAUGAACAAAGCGCUGCUGUUGCUGUUGCCACUGGCUGUGGCGCACAGCAGCCAAGCCACAAAACCAUAUUAGUAAACGCCAAAACAGGUCAGGUUAUUAGUCGGAAUUAAUACUUGCUUGGCGAUGUAUGUACAUAUGUAUGCGUGAAGCUGCACAGUCGCUGUGGCAGCAGCAUGUUUAUGUUUGUAGCGUUUGUUAAGGAAAAUGAAUUAUUUCUUGUUGUACUUCAAACAAUUCUGUUAUUGUACCAGCUGCUAUUGUUGUUUUUAUCAGUUUCUGAAUUUGCUAAAUGUUUUUUUUUGUUGUUUUUUUUUUUUUAAGAAAACCAAAUAAGUGUUAU